GCAGGAAGGUCCAGGCUAAUACGGCACCGUAUCGUUUCAGUCAUCGUAGUUUUAAUUUGUCCAUUUUGGUCCCCUUUUUUUGUAUAUUCCCAUUGCCUUUUGCCGGGUUUUACAUUACCACGACGAGUUGAGCUUGCUUCUUCUUUCUCUCUCAACUCUAAUAAUUCUCUCGCGAUUUUUCUCUGCUAUCUCCUUUCAGGUAAUAACCACUCGCAAUGGCAAGUAAAGGUCGAAUGCCACCACCUCAUCUAAGGCGGCCUCUUCCAGGCCCGGACAUAAUGCAUCCUGACCCAUUUGGUCCUGGAAUACGUCCGAUGCCAGGUGCCUUUCCUCAUUUUGAGAUGUUGCCACCUCCAGAAGUUAUGGAACAGAAAGUUGCUGCACAACAUGUAGAGAUACAGAAGCUUGUAACAGAGAACCAGCGGCUUGCUGCUACUCAUGGAACCUUGAGACAAGAACUUGCUGCAGCACAGCAUGAGUUACAGAUAUUGCAUGCUCAGAUAGGAGCUAUGAAGUCUGAGAGAGAGCAACAAAUGAGAAGCCUUAGUGACAAGAUUGCCAAGAUGGAAGCUGAUCUACAAGCUGCAGAGCCUGUUAAGUCAGAGUUGCAGCAGGCAAGGACAGAUGCUCAGAAUUUGGUUGUAGCAAGGGAGGAGCUUAUUAAUAAAGUUCAUCAACUGACUCAAGAUCUUCAGAGGGCUCAUACAGAUGUGCUGCAGAUACCAGCCCUGAUGUCAGAACAUGAUGGCCUCAGACAAGAAUAUCAUCAUUGCAGGGCUACUUAUGAAUAUGAAAAGAAAUUUUACAAUGACCACCUUGAGUCACUUCAGGUGAUGGAAAAGAACUAUAUUACCAUGGCAAGGGAAGUUGAAAAGCUUCAGGCAGAGUUGACAAAUGCCUCAAAUGUUGAUAGAAGAGCUGGCGGGCCUUAUGGUAGUGCAACUGGAAACAAUGAGAAUGAUACCUCUGUACAUCCUGUGCGACAGAAUGCUUAUGAAGAUGGUUAUGGUGUUCCCCAGAGGCAUGGCCCUCUCGCUCCUGCUAGUGCCAGUACUCCUGCUUAUGCUGGAGCUCAAUCUGGGCAUCCUGCUGUGAGGGCUGGUUAUGAUGCACCUAGAGCAUCUGGUUUUGAGCCAUCAAAAGGACAUAGUUAUGAUGCACUGAGAGGUCCUAACUACGAUGCACAAAAGGGACCUAAUUAUGAUGCACAGAGGGGGCUUGGGUAUGACAUUCAUCGAGGUCCUGGUUAUGAUGUGCAGAGAGGGGCUGGCUAUGACCCACAAAGAGUAGCUGCGUAUGAUCCACAGAGAGUUGCUGGUUAUGAUGCACAAAGAGGACAAGCUUAUGAUGUGCAAAGAGGACCUGGAUACGAUUCAUCUAGGGGCAGCAGGUAUGAUGGACCGGCAAGAGGUGCCACUGCUCCGCAUGGACAAGUAACUCCUCUAAGUAAUGCACCUUACAGUUCUGCAACACCACCUGCCCGAUCUGGAAGUGGGUAUGAAGCACCACCUCGAGGUGGAAAUCCUGGUCGAAGAUGAGCAUGGGACACCACACUCGUAUUGUGCAUUAACCUUCCUUGUGUAGUACUGCAAUCACAAGCCGUGGCGUAUUUCAGGUUCAUCUCUGUUUCCCGUCCAGCUGAGUAAUUGCCCCGUAUGGAGAGCAUUGUAUUGAGGCGGAUUGCUGCCCCUAAAGCCAAUUUGUGAUGUUUUAUUAUUGCUUUUCCUUUAUAAUUUAAGUCGAUAUUUACAGGCAGCUGAAAAUGGUUUCCAUCAUUUGUAGUGGACCUAUCUGAAAUUGGAAAGCACAUAAUAUGGAAUAAACAUAGUUAAUUGCAAUAA